UCCUGCUGUAGGCAGUCCGCUCAUUCUCCUCAGAGAGAGGACAGCACACACACUCCUUCACAACCAGCCUCCUUCUCUCACAUACACUCGUGUAUGAAACUAUUCCGGCAAUAUGUUUAAAACAGGAUAUACCCAAAGCAGCACAGGUUUCUGGAACAUUUGAACAGUUUGAGCACUCAGUUGAGGAGAAGAAAGAUCAAUCAGCAUUACGGUAUGAGGUGUGCUUGAAUAAGCCACUAAGGAGGGUUUUUUCCUCUUGACACUGAAAGCUACUGAAGUUUUGCACAUCAACAAUGAGUCUUAAGAAGAGGAAACCAAGCAUGGUGUUCAGCUGGCACAAGUCUUUUGCCAUCCUUGCCCCGUGGAGAAAAGGUAAAGGGGAUAUUGUUUUAGAGAAUGAAGUUGUACUGACAAAAAUGAAGCUCCUCAACAACUUCCCUGAGAAACUACUAAAUGGUGAGGACUCCAUUUCAACCAUCUCCAUUUCAAUGUCUGAGCAGGAUAACAUACAGCCUCUCCAGGCUGAUGAGGUGAUCUCCAUCCACAGCGCUGCUCCAGAGACAACUGUGACUGAAUCAAAAACAGACUAUCUAUCUUCAAUUUUUGCUGAUUCUGAACUUCCAAGAUUGUAUAAAUUUGAAUCUGAGGACUCUGGGGUAGAGAUGACUAGUGGAGCAACUUCCCCAUCCACCCCAACUGGUUCAGAGCAAAGCUUUGUGGUCCACAGUAGAGAGUCUUCAUGUGACUCUAGCAACUUGAACUCUCCUGUACCUGCUGACAGUCCUCUUGAAGACAGUUCAGUCUUUUUGGAAACUGAACAAAUGUCUUGUAAAUGUGCUAAACAAGAUACUCUUACCAUUCUGGGAGACAGAAGAGAGGAUGAGAAUGCUGAUGAUGAUUUAAUGGACCUCAUAGCAGAUUCAGAGAGGUCUGAGGACAGAUCCCUGAGGAAUACCAUGGAGAACUGUAAAGAUGAAAUUGAAAUUGUAGCAGCACAGGUGGAAACAACAGACAGUGCAAUGGCUGAGGACAUGAUGUCAAGGAACCAGUGUGCCAUUGAACCUUACGAUGGCAAAACAGUACCUGAAUUUCAGCAAAAGCCUUUGAGGAAAAGCACAACCAGCAACAGCCUGGAUGAGUACAUGGAAGAGUGCUGCAGGCUAAGUGAGGUGAACCAGGCCAAUCAGUCCAACCCACUGGGCUCUGGACUGGGGUACCUAGAGCACAUCUGCCAACUCAUAGAGAAGAUCGGACAGCUACAGGAACACAACCUCCGACUACAGAAACAGAUAUGUGGCCUGCAGAAGGAAGGCCGAGUGAUCAAGACUAAAGAGGACUUUUUCAUACAGCACUGCAGCUGUGGUGCAGCCAGCCUGGCCUUCCAAGAGCUCAAGAGACACUUUCGCAGUGAUCACUACAGCCCAACGGCAUCAAGCGGCACGCUGUCUGACCUGACCACAAUCCCUGAGGUCACGCGCAUCCCCCUCAGGGCAGGCAUGAGAGAUGGUGAGAUGGGCUGCCAACCUGCUCUUCCUGUUUGGAAAAGGGGCCUGAAUCGAAGAAGCUACACAGAGGGAGAGGCCAAGUACCUGAGUGACAGUGCUGAGGUCCUCUCUGCUCCUCACAGACGGAUGAGUGAGAACUAUACUUGGGGAAGAGUGAAGGAACUGGUGAAGAAGACCAAACUGAGGAACCAGAGCAGGCUGGGACUGUCUUCAGGCUCCUUGAAGAGAUCGUGUCCACAGCUUUACCGCCCAGAUGUGAUGUCAGCAGAGCACCCCAGGACAAACAGAAACUCAAUGAUCGCUUUGGGCCAUCAGAAAAUGGACUACCUGUGGCCACAAUAGUACUGAUCAGACGUUGAGCAGAUGGCCUGCGACGGGGCAGCUUUUCCAAAAAGCAAAGGACAAAGUGAUGGUUUUUGCAGUUUGCAGAUGGUUUUUCCAGAAUGAGGAACAAAAUGGAAGAGAAAUGUACAAGAAAAAGAUGAACAAGAUUUGAGUAAUGGGAGAAUAAUAUUGGUAUUGGGUGUACUGUAUAUAAUACUAGGAGAGAUGUUUAUACGUUAAUGCAAGUGUUAAGUUGUUGAUGGAGCCUGUUGAUGGAGCUUGUUUGAGUGAUGUGACAUUUCUAUAAAGCACUCAUUAGAUUUGUCAGCUAAUGAGGUACUAUUAAAGACUAUAUAAACAUGUGGAAAGAUGCUUUAAAGAAUGUGAUUUCCGAAAAAGGGAAUUACAGUUGAUUCUUAUGUAUAGUGUAAUGUAAAUUUCUGUCUGGGACAAUUUACCAGACACUGUCCUAAUUGUAAAAUACUUGAAAUACACCCAAAUUAUAACAAAUGUUGAACAUGCAUGCUAUAAAUUUAUAUAAAUCAUUUUGUACCACAAUUAUAUAAGAAUUGCCAUGUGUAAGUGUGUAUAUACAGGCACAACAAAUAUGCAUGUAUGUAUCCAUGAUGCAUGGAUCAUACAGUAUGUGUGGAUAAGAGUGGGAGAGCGGUGCACCCACAUGUGAAUUCCUCCAUCUACAGACAUAUAUCGCUGUGAUGACAGGGCUUAUGAUAACAUUUGAAUGACUUUAUGGCAGUUCUGUACGUUGCUCACCUGUCUGAUGUUAUAUAAUGUGUGUAGCCUUUUGCCUCCCUAAAAAUGAAGCAAUGCCUAGAGUAUGAACCUGAAAUAUCAUCCUUAACUAUGAAUUAACAAGUGCUUCCUAUGUGCCUGCCAAAUUUCAGUACAAAGACAUAAAUAAACAGUAUAAAGACAUUAAUUAAACCAAAUAAAAUGCAGUAUACAGUGAUCUAACCAAACUGAGCUGGAUUAAAGCAGUAUUACAUACUGCAAAUCGUACUGUCACAUUCAGAACUCAUUUAAAAAAUGAAAACCAAGCGGAACAAAUGGUUCCUGUGAUUUCUGACAUCAGAAACCCAAAACGUUACGCCCAGUAAUGGUGAGUUAAUGUAAGUAAGAUAAAUGCUGCUAACCCUAAACACCAGAAGAACUAAUGAUAGUAAAAUGUAUAAACGUUUGAAAAUGGUUAAAAUAAAAAAACAAUAAAAAAGUUGGAAAGGUUCAAUGGUCAUAAAACUAAAGUUAUAACUGGACCUCAGGGAUAAAAAUGAAAUAAAAAAGUUAUUAAAUGACCCCUUUAUAAACUAUUACUAAUAAAACACUACAGGGUGGUAUCAGAGUGCAACAGUGCCCACCCCCUUUUUCAGUGGCGCUGGUUCUGGAAGAUUUUUUUCCAUUCAAUUUUUCCCAUAGGGAUUUAAAAAAAGUCUUUAUUAAAAAGUUAUAAGCCAUUAACCUAACCAACCAGCUACGAGGUGAAUCACAAUACUACAAACUUUGAUUUGAAGCAAAAAAGUUUUUGAUAAAGGUACAAGACUGUGAAAGAACUACAAUCCUAUGAAGCAUUGUGAACAGCAUAAUCAAAAAUGAUAGAGAAAUAUAAAACUACUCAUUCACAAAUGUUGAUGUUUUUAUAUAUAUAUAUAUAUAUAUAUAUAUAUACACGCACACACACACACAUAUAUAUAUAUUUUAAGUUUUAUUGCAAAAUAUGCAUAUAUAUACAAACAUUAAAGUAUUUUGAGAGCGUAGAGAGAUCGACUUAAUUAUGUCAUUCGCAGUGCUUCAUAGGAGUGGGUGGAGCUAAAGAGCUAUUUUGGGCGGGUUGCUGUUUUCGACUCUCUGAUUGGUGUAAUCUUCCGUAAAGCAUCAUGGGUAAUGUAGUUAAUUCUGCUGUUAAACACGAUUAUUUAAAAAGUAAGCAGAAAUAAUGCAGGCUGACAGCUUCAGUAGAAGCAAAUACCAUGAAUUAACAACAUCCAAAUGAAUGGAGUUUUUACUGCCGGAACACGACUGAUUUAGUCUAUUGUUAAUCCACAGUGAAAACAGCUGUCUUUGUUGACAGCUGGGUGGAGUGAGGUACUAAAAUACUGAUGUCUUAGAUAAGGUCUGUUUUGCAGACCACUUGCAGCCUUGCGUGUGAAAGAUGAAACAUUUUCUAAUCAAGCUUUUGUAACACGAUAUUGUUCUGGCCCGGAAAGUGUAUUAAAAAACAAAGUGGCUUCCAGCAUGUAGUACUGUCUUUUGAUGUACGCUUGACCAAUCGUUUCAUAGUCACUGUUCUGAGUAAUGAUGUUGAUCUGUGUGUAAAAAUGAAUGAGAGCUGAUGUAUGGCAGAAUUUUUUUGUCUGUUAGGGACAAAGGACAUGACAAGAGAUUUUUACUUAUCUUGUGUAUUGUAGUGUACCAAAUGGACUGAAUAAUUCAUUAUGCAUAUUGCAUUGUUAUUCAAAUGUAUUUUUAAUAAAUAAGAUAUUUCUAAAUAAA